AUGAGCGAGGAGGACGUGUCGGCGGUGCGGCCGCUGCCGUUCGUGCUGGUGGACGACGACGGCGGAUUCCGCGUGAACCCGGAGGCGUGCGCCGUGCUGGAGAAGGUCAAGACGCGCCUCGUGGUGGUGGCCGUGGCGGGCCUGUACCGCACGGGCAAGAGCUUCCUGCUCAACCUGCUGGUGCGCCACGCGCAGAGCCAAAGCAGCGCCACCCUGGGCAGCAGCAGCUCGGGAUCCAGCGCCGCGGGCUUCGCCGUGGGCGGCACCGUGAACGCGUGCACCAAGGGCAUCUGGAUGUGGGGGCAGCCCAUCCCCCUGGACGACGACACCAGCGUGCUCUUCCUCGACACGGAGGGCCUCGGCAGCGUGGACCGCGAGCAGACGCACGACACGCGCAUCUUCGCGCUGGCGCUGCUGCUGGCCUCCAACUUCGUGUACAACAGCCGCGGCGUGAUCGACGGCAACGCCAUCGAGGACCUGUCGCUCGUGGUGAACCUGUCCAAGCACAUCCAGACGUCGUCGUCCGCCAAGGACGCGGCGGGCAACGCCGACCGCCUGCACGAGUUCUUCCCGAGCUUCAUGUGGGUCGUGCGCGACUUCACGCUGCAGCUGCUGGACAACGGCAAGCCCAUCUCGUCCAAGCAGUACCUCGAGAACGCGCUGCAGCCCACGGGCGGCUACAGCGACGACGCCGUCGAGAAGGACCAGAUCCGCGCGCUGCUGAGCGAGUUCUUCCGCCAGCGAGACUGCGUCACGCUCGUGCGGCCCGUGGACGACGAGCAGAAGCUGCGCAACCUGCCGCAGGUGCCCUACGACGAGCUGCGCGACGAGUUCAGGAACAGCUUCGAGAGUCUGCGCAAGCGGCUCUUCGGCAAGGCCAAGCCCAAGACCAUGUUCGGCAAGCCGCUCAACGGAGCCAUGUUCGUCAACCUGGCGGGCUCCUACGUCGAGGCGCUUAACAGCGGCAAGGCGCCCGUGAUCUCGAGUGCUUGGAGUCGCGUCGUGCAGGCGCAGUGCCACGACGCUCUGGAGGACGCGGUCGAGAGGUACAAGGCCGAGUUGCACGCGCGCGUGCGCAGCUACGUUUCGCCCGAUCAAUAUGACGCAGAUGCGGACUUUGAAGUGCUUGGCGAUGAGAAAGAUCGGAAGGAUGGUGAACUUGAAGUGGUGGACAACGGCCAGGGAGCCAACGCCAUGUUCGACGAGCACGGGAAUCUGCGCAGCGUGGCGCUGCGUCCUGAGCUGGAGAUGCAGGAUUCGAUAGACGAGGGAGAAGACCCAACAGCGCCCGAGAACGAGAUGAUCGAGAUUAUGGAGAAGGAUGCCGAUGCUGAAAGCACCAGUGUAGAACGCACGCGCUUGCCUUGCGCUGAAGAGAGACUCAAGAACUUGCACCGCCUGUGCAAGCGGUUGGCCAAGAAGAAGUUGCGGGAGAUCGUGGAUGGAGACAUGGGGGCUGACGCCGAAGCUGGAGGCGGUGACGACUACAUGGCGCAGUUCCGUGCUGCAGUGACUGCGGAGUUUGACUCGUACCGGCAACAGAAUGCGGCGGCGUCCAUGGCGUACUGUAGACACGUGCUGGAUGUGCUGAAUCGCCCCGGCACGGAGUAUCUGAAUCACCCCGAGCAGCACCGCCAAAAGUCUGCCAUGGAACUCUUCCGUGAAACGCAGAACUUCUUACAAGGCGAUCUGAGUGCAGUGUACAAAAAGUACUUUGCCCACGCAGUGGGUCCUUCAGCUGACGCGGCGUACUGCGAGUUCAUCAGUCAGCGCGUUUUGUCGCAGGUAAUUCAACGCACUGAAAACACUAAUGCUGCCCAUAUGACGGAGGUGCGCGGACUUGAAAAGCAGAUGAACGAUCUGAGCGUGAAGGUUGCGGUGGCCCAAGGACAAGCAGGGGCGAUGCAGGAACUCUCUGCCCAGCAGCAGCAAAAGUGUGAGCUUGGCGUAAAGGAGGCUGAGCAGCGCUGUGCAGCUGAGUUGGCUGGACUUCGAUCUGCUUUGGAGUUUAAGACGAACGAGCUGGAGCACAUUCUGAACCACAAUGCUACCAUGAAGCGCCUGGCCGAUACAGCGCAACAGGGCCAGUACCGAGCAACGGAGUUCGCGUCGUCAGCAUUCGCUCAAAUCCUGUGUGGCUACCUCAUCAAGCAGCACAUGGCCCCUGGAGCUGGCGGCUCAGCCCGCGCCAAGUGGCAGCAGCGGUACUUCGUGCUACAAGGGCCACAGCUCAGCUUCUACGACACCAAGGAGGACUACGAGCGCUGCCGCUCAGACAAUCCGCCGAUGGACGUCACGGGAGCGAUUAUCGAAGACAACUAUGCCGUACCGGAAGCCUUCAGCGUCUCCUUCCGCGAUGACAAAUACUACCCGCUGCAGCUUCAUGCUAAGUCCCGCGAGGUCAAGGACGAGUGGGUUCGCAGUCUGCGUGCAGCUGCGGCAGGUCGAUCGGGAGCGCGCAGUCAUGCUUCUUUGAGUUCGUCCAUGGGAUCGGCGCCCUACACAAACGGAGAUGCUGGCGGGUCUACCGCCUACCGUGGUGGAAGGGAGCCACCUCCUAGCUACACAGACUCGGCAUCAUCGGCCUAUCGAGGUGGUGGCGCGGCGGGAUACGCAUACCAGAAUUCUUCUUCGAACUUGUAUGGCCCUACCGGUGGAAAUGGAGGCAGCCGAUACAUGCAGAUGUAG